AUAAAAAAAAUUGCACGAUUUCAUACUCAUUGUAAAUUAUAUAAACUAUAGAGAACUUUUUGACUGAUCUUCAUUUUAUGAAAUAUUCAGGAAAUGUUUUAAUUACGUGACUGGCAGAAUUUAAUACUUGAAAUGUGGUUCUGGUUGGAAAGAUCAUUCAGAUACAAAAUGUCCAUGAAAUAACAAGGUUUAAGGUUAUUAGGGAGAUUCAGAUGAUUCAAAUCGUCUCCAAUACAUAUAUAACUGACAUUGUCCUCGUGAUUUUUGGACCAUGAGCAUGGAACAGUGUCAAAAUGGUACGGACUUAUGUCAGGACAUCAUGGUGUUGAAGGUGUCGGUGGGAGCUAUGGCCGUCCUGUGUGUGUUUAUCAUUGGCUCUCUCCUCUGGUUAGUCCGACUGGCGCGGAAAAAGAUCAGAGAUCUAGAGAGCCUUAUUACCCCUUUGUACCUAACACUUUUGGAUGACAACGAUGGUUUAACAGAGAGUAAUAAAGAAAAAGAAGACAAAGAUCCAUCGGCGAAUCUCACAACCAAUCCAUUGUAUGCAGCUGAUAAAUUAGAUCAGCCUAAUCAGAACGAGGUCACCAAUGACGUCACAAAAUCACGCGGAACGAGGAAGAUGUGUAAAUCAGACAGUGAAUUGUCAAUAACUAAGAAAUUAGUUCUAAUGAAGCUCCAAGCAGACUUCAAGGAUAAAUAUAUAUACGAAAAAUGUCGCCUUCCGUUUGAAAACUAUACAGAGUAAAUAUAGCUGUUUGCCUGGUAUAUCAGCAUGUAUAAAUAUGACCAUAGCUGUGAGUUAUGAUAAUCAUAAUUCAUACGAAGAAUUUUUUUUAUUUAUUUUUUUCUUCUCAUACAUAUUUGUUUUCGUUUACGUUUGUUGCAAAUGGUGACCAAGUUAUCUUACAUUCUGGAUAUUUUAUAAACGUAACAUUGCUGCGCACUUUCUUGUUAAGUCUAUUUCUGAUCGCUUUGUUAUGCGAGUUUUUCUUUGGAUAUUUUACGACUGACGUAGUAACUAACUUUGCCUCUGAAAUUCAUUUCAGUUCCAUUGAAUGUGGUUUGUUUUACAGAUAUAUUUUUUUUUAAAUGGCGAUUCUCGACGGGUCAUACGGUGCGUGGAUUUAACAUACAUGUACUUCACCAUCUGGAGUUGAUGAGGAUAUUUUAGAGAAAAUCUGAGUCAAAUAAAGAGAUAAAUUCAUAGUAAAACGCCUUUAAAAAAUUGGCAUCAAAUGAUAUUGCGGAAUAUUUUUUUUUGAAAUUAGAUAAGUAUGAUGCAUGUAUAAUGACCAAACUAGCGUGCGAAAAUUGCAGUUUUAACCCUGAUUUUCCUGUAGAGCUACAUUUUUGCAUCUAUACACUCAUACACUCAAACUAUAGGGUUAAUUAGUUAUCCUCAGUCUGUUUGAUCUGGCAUUUGAUUCUAUCUAUACAUGUAAAUGUAUAUAAAAAAUAGUGGAAACAAAUACAUGUGCAUGUACAUAUAAUUUCACUAUACAUGAUUGUAUUAUAUACAUUCUGUGUUGUAAAAUUUUGAAAGACUUACGUAAAAUGGAAAGAAAAAUGUAUGUUCCUAAAUUAUAUUCCUAUUGACAGUUAUCAUGUUUAUAAUAUAUAAAUUUAUUUAUUUUGUUAUACUGAAUGUCUUAAUUUUUAAGAAAUUUUACUGCUUUUAUAUAGGAAUAACGUGAAUUCUACAGCGAACCGUACGCGCAUAAUUUUUGCGCAUGUAAGAUUUUUUAAUGUUACCCGUUGCUAAGUGCGUUGCUAACGCUGAGGGUAAUAGAAAAUAUUAUUAACUGCGUCUUAACCAAUCAGAUUUCAGUAUUUAACAUGAAAGUAUAACAAUAAACUUUAUGCUCCAAACUUUUAUGGCCUUGAAAAUAUCAUAAACUCUAUACUUUUAAUGUUAUUGUUUAUGAAAUAUUUGGUGGGGGCAAGCCUUUUAAUUUGUUAUCAAUUCAUACGUGGUAUUGUGCAUUAUUUUAAAUGUCUCUGAUGUAUUUUUCUCUAGUAUGCUCAUGCACACAAUGUUCAAACUGUUAAUAUGUAAUGCUAAUAUAUGUAACAGUGAUAAAAUUUGUUUUGUAGAUUGCAAUGAUGUACAUAGAAACAAUAAGUUAACCUUGUUAUUCCUACAAUGUACAGCGAAUUCAUGUUACACUUUGUACGAGUAUCUGUCAUAGAUUAACUUGUAAAACGCAUAUAUAUAAAUACAUUACUACGUAUAGAAAUACAAUAAUAAUUGUCUGUUUUGUUCUAUUAUAAUAUUGUAAUACAGCUAUAAAAAAGUACUUCAUUUGCUUCGCGGUUUAUAACGCGUAAAAUGUCCUAAAAUAUGUGAUAUCGUAUGACAUAGGUAGAUAAAUAAUCAAACUGAAACUCAAGCUAUACAUGAACUUGUGAAAUUUUUGCUGUUUUUUAAUAAUUGAAAUUCUUGGUUUUUCAUGCAGAGUCCGAUUAAUAAGUUGAGAAAUAAAUUGAUUUUUUUUCUCUAGCGCUCGGAAACUAGCUUUUGUUUGCGAAAAAAAUUUCUGUGAGUUUUGGGUGAUUUUUUUCCUGUUAAAAAUCAAUGAUACGUAUUCUUAGAUCGGGCCAACGUCAAUAAAAGUUCUAUUUCCGGGACCCGAACAAUAAUAAAUUAUAAAAUCCGACUCUUGAAAUUGAAUCGAUGUUUUCUUCCCCAAAAAUUCGUUUUAGGAGAUCACUUUGAAAACUAUUUAAUUCAAACAACAUAAAAAUGAACCAUAAAUUGUGAAAACGGAAGAAUAUCCCUUUUACUAACCCAUUUUUUCUUAUUGGAAUAGAAAAGAUGCUAUUUAUAUACAAUCAUCGUUCUCUCAUUAAUACAUGUAUAUUAGUUAGUCUGUUUGUUUGCUUUUGUUUUGUUUUGUUGCCCUAUAUGCAAUAUUUGCCAAAAGAACAACUCUUGAAAACUGUAAGAGGAGUUAUCCAUACAAUAGGGGUACCCUAUAUGCAAUAUUUUGUCCCAA